AUCAGCUAUCGCCUAUCGACCACCGAGCUAGUCAAUUGUAGCUGUUUAUUGUUUCCUGCCUCUUAAUAAUUAUAAUAAUUUUUUAAUAAAUAUCUAUUUUUAAUACCCGCACCGAUGAUAACUAUAAUUUGCGCACGUCUGACCUAUAUGGUUUCACGUUGUACAGAUGAACGUGUUAUAAUAAUAAUAUGUUAGCGAUUAUAAUAGUCUCGUUCGACGCGUUACGACCAGUAUUGUGUUCGCGAUGAUAACGGUCGGCCGGAAAACUUUGCAGAAAUUCACGGGCAUUGAUUAUUUUUUCGACCGGCUCGUUCACCGUCGAUUCAUAACGAUUUAAGAUUAAUAGAUAAUAAUGCAGUGCACAACCGUGUUAAUCGUCCGUUUGUCGUAUCGCUUGAAAUAAACCACAAUGAUGAUAACGUGUACACGGUAGCCGGUCGGUACGUGCAAAUCGGAUAACUGUUUAGGUAAUACACUUCGAAAAUAAUUGUAACAUGUAAUACUAAAAUAUAUUCGACCUCGGCUAGUGUUUUGACACGCGGGACGGAGAAUGGGCUGCUGAUGCCGGCACGGCAGUUAUCGACCGACGGAUUCAUUCAAUAAUUACUAUUAAAAUAAUCAAAUAAUUUUUUAUGAUGUGUGCGGGUCAAGAAUACGGCAGACGCCGCUCCCGUUCUCGGAUUGCACGUACGUCCGAUCGGCUACCACUGUUGUCAGGUACCUAACGAAACGAAUAACGAUCGAUAUUCAUCAGUUCAUCAUCAUCAUAAUCGUCGUUCGCUCGAUUGCGGUUUCGCGAAUUUUUUCAGACAAAUAAUAAUUAUACCCCACUCACACACACUCACAUGUGUUACAUAUCUAUCUCAGUCUGCAACCGAUGGCCGUCCGACCUGAAAAAUUUGUCAUGAGGAGUCUCGUCCGAGUUGCGUUUGUCCUGAUCGCUUGCAGUGUAUCCCAGACAUGCGCAAGUUUUUCGUUCAACAUCAAGGAUUUGGUACUGUUGGUGAAUGACUCAACAACACUCACAUUGACCUUAACGGACAAUGUACCAGGAAAUACCACAUUAAUCCUCGGCACUAAUCAUAAAGAUUUACUGACGACAAAUAUUACCAGAAUAGAAGUCACUAAUUCUACAGGUCCAAAUAUAUGGCCAAUUGAAUUGUUUGGUCAUGAUGCCGGCCACGACUUACUUAAAGUUGAUGCAUUUCCUCCUUCCAUAAAAUCCAGUGAUGCUUUUGUGAGAGUUACUCUGCAACAUUCAAAUGAAUUGGCUUUAGUCAGUGUUGUUGUUGGAUGGAUUUAUUUUGUCGCAUGGUCAAUAUCAUUCUAUCCUCAGAUGUAUGAAAACUGGAGACGUAAAAGUGUUGUAGGUUUAAAUUUUGACUUCAUUGCAUUGAACUUGGUUGGAUUUAUUUUAUACUCGAUGUUCAAUGUUGGCCUGUGGAUACCUGAAAUUGAAAAAGAUUAUAUUGCCCGAAAUCCUCGAGGACUAAAUCCAGUUCAAUUAAAUGACAUAUUCUUUUCCAUUCAUGCUGUAUUUGCUACUUUAAUAACUGUGACCCAAUGUUAUUUCUAUGAGAAAGGUGAUCAACAAGUUUCUCGGACAGCCAAAUCAAUCAUGUCUUUAUACGGAUUAAUAAUAGCCGUACUAUUAGUUCUUGUAUAUUUACAAAAGAUAGUAUGGCUGGACUUCCUUUAUUAUUGCUCAUAUAUCAAGUUGACUAUAACACUCAUCAAAUACAUUCCACAAGCGGUAAUGAAUUACAAGCGUAAAAGUACAAUUGGCUGGAGUAUCGGCAACAUAUUCUUGGAUUUUACAGGAGGACUACUUAGUAUAUUGCAGAUGAUUAUUAAUGCAUACAACUACAAUGAUUGGGCUUCAGUAUUUGGUGAUCCGACCAAAUUUGGUUUGGGUUUGCUUUCAGUAAUCUUCGACAUACUGUUCUUCUUACAACAUUAUGUAUUCUACAGUGGAAUUAACUAUGCAGAAUUUGAAAAUUAUAAUGAGGUAGAAGAGGAUGAUGAGGUUACUAAUUCAGAAGAGCACCCUAAACCAACUGAUAAAUCAGAUGACCAGAUAUGUUAAAAACAAUUUUUUUUUAUUUUUAAUAAUUGACUUUGAUUAUGCUUAACAUCAUAAUUGCAUAGGUACAUCCAAACAAGACUGAACAUAUCUACUAACACCAAAGUUAUUUUAAGAUUUAUUUAUUUUUGUACAAUAUUUAUUCUAUGUUUUAUACUUAUAUUUUAAUAACUAAUUUGUACACAAAUGUGAAAUAUCAUUUUUUGUAGGAAAGAAUAAUUUUUUAGAUUUAAACUUCUAUUGUUAAAUAUUAUGGAGCUUGGUGGGGCUUGGCUAUUUUCAAAGCCAUCUUUAACAUACCGCCUAAUUUCUCAAAAGAUGCAAUAACUCAUAUAUUAUUGUGUAUUAUAAUAUGUUGUGAUAGACCUAAUAUCUAAAUCUCAAACCACUGAAGAGUAUUCAAGGUAUUUAUUAUCAUAAUAAUUGUAUAAUGAUAAAAUUUACAAAAUAAUGGAAAAACAGAUUUUAUAGAUAUUAAUACUGAAUUGUGAAUACCUAGUUACUAACUACCUGCUGUCAGUGGCAGAGCUAGGAUUUUUUUUAGGGGGCCCAACAUUUUUAUACUUUAUUCAUAUCAUACCUAUCAUUUUAUAAACACAAUAUUUAGAAUUUGAUUUUUGGCCUUACAUACAUAAUAUAACUGUCCUCUUGACUGAGCCUCUUUCCUCCCUUGAAUCUAGGCAUGCUACUAUACUAGAUAGUAACUAUCACAUGUUAACCAUGACUUAAUAAUUAGUGUUAAUUGAAUAUGUGAUAUCAUAAUUAAAUUAUUAGCUAUUGAUUUGUAGUAACAUUUAACGUGUUGUAAUAUAUCUACAUCACUUAUUGUAA